UCACGGUGAUAGUGGGUUUCUUGGUGCUAACAAUUUUCUGUACUAAAAAAUCUAGAAAGUUUUGUUCUGGUGUAAGUUUGGUAUAAACUUACCAAAUAGAAAAGGUAGUGGCAGAUAAAGACAUUUCAGGGUAAUGGGUUUGAUCCAGACUGAAGCUGCAAUCCUAUGCACAUUUACCUUGGAGUAAGUCCCACUGAAGUCAACAUUAUUUUCUUCUGAGCAAGUAUGUAGAUGGUUGUGUUGUAGGUUAAUUGCAUUUAGAUCCUGUUAAAAUAAAGUGAAAAGUUAGCCAUGAUGACUAACCAUUGAUUUCCAUGGGACUUAAAGUGUGACUAACAGUGCAGACUUUACCAUAUCUACUGAGAAGUAAAUCCUAUUAAAUUCAAUAGGACUUACACCCAGGUAAGUGGGGUUAGAAUUGCAGCCUAACGUAGUCUGGAUCCAGCCUAGUAUUUUAUAUAUAUAUAUAUAUAUAUAUAUAAAAUCAAAACUCCAUAUUAGAUAUUGUGGUCAUUAUUUACUUGCUUAACUUUUCUGGUCCACCAUACUUGACCAGUUCUAGGUCACCAACAGUAUUACACCCUGCAAGCUAAUGAUCUGUCAAUUUGUCAGUAGGGAAUCAUGAGGGGGGGAACUCCCAUUACCUUGCUCCAUUCCCUCUUAAUUCUAUUCACUUUUUUCCCUCCCCAGUCCAUUGUCUUCACUGUAGCCACUCCAGGCUCCUUGAUCCCUCUCGAUGCUAGGUGGUCUGAUACAGACAAGGAAAGAGAAGCAAAUCAAGUAGGCUAGACAGACAUUAUGCAGAAUGCUCUGGCCUUUCACCCACUCUUAGGACUGGUUUGCACAUUACAUCAAAUGAGGUGGUAGAGUCCUGAGUAGGUUUGCAGAGAGAAAUGAUUCUGUUCACAUAUAAACUUACCAAAUUUAUACUUACCAAAUUCACACUUUUUGGAAUAAUAUGAAUGAAUGACGUCUUUAUUGUUCAAAGCCAUAGGCUACCACAAUUAAACAGAUAUAAAAGGAAGAUACAAAAUACAUAUUAAAAAGCAGAUCAUAUUACAAUAAAACACAGUUCAACAACAUAGAGUGGAAAAGCAGUGGUACAGUUCAAAUAAAAGUUUCCUCUUGUGAGAGGGAGAUACCCUGACCCACCCCAUGUCUUAGUGUGUAGAUACUACAGUCAGACUAGCACAGGGGCAUAUCCCGCUCAUCCCACAAGGUGUUUUAGGUAACUUACUCUUACUUUUCCUGCAACUAGAGCAAAUAUUGCCACCUGAGUGGUUAUAAAUAUAUCAUUGCCUGCUAACAGGACACAUAUCUGCUCCAGGGGAGGUCUAUUUGACAAAGAGCGAAGGAUGCAGGAAAUAAAUUUUAAUCUUGGGGAUUAUUUUGGAAUAAUAUGUGAACAGAAACAUAGCCAUCCUUCAAAAUUUACACUUUCCUGAAUUAGGCCAUGCAGUUCUCCAAAAAGUAAUGCAUACAAAAAUGCAUAUCCUGGGGUAAAAUGUGCAUAGAAUGCAUAUAUUUGUGAAAAUGACCUAGAAAAAUGUACUAUAUUAGGGGAAAUUGGUAAAAUGUGUAUAUUAAUCAAAACUACAUACAAAUUAUAUUUGUUAGGAUAGAUUUGCCCUAAAAUGCUGAUGAAAUUUAAUGAGGAUUUCUUUAAAAAACUGCAAAUUGUUGCAGAAAUGUAGAGAACUGAAUUUAAGAUUGGAAAAAUGAGAAACUUAGAGAACCAAAAUUGUCAGUCUUGUCCCUCCCUAGUCCUGAGGUGACAAAGUGAACCAUACACUUUCAGACUGCAGCUAGGAAGUGGUAUUGAAUGCUCCCACAUCGUUUUUAAUUUGCAAACAAAGAAGGUCUACAUCUCAGGUUAUCCUGGCAACCAUAGUUUUCCACUUGCAGGGAGAUUGUUAUGCAAGGGAGUUUUAAAAAUAAUAAUAAUUAGAUCCCUUACCUCCAUUCCACCAACUCAGAACUCUAUCACCAUGUUGCCAUGAUUGUGUGUACACCAGGCCUUACUUGUACUGGGGUCAGAAUGCUCCAACCAGAACACAGUUGGAGAAAGGUGAAAUGACUGGGUGGUUGCUGUGGCUCUCUACCUUUGCACAUAUAGUGACACCUUCCCCUCAAAGUCCUCCACCCACCCACUGCCUUAGUUCUUCACUGCUGUCACCACCACUGCUGUCACUCUCUCCUGAAAUUUAAAGGUUUUUUUGGGGGGGGGGCGUUGCCAGUCAGAGAGCUUGACUUCUUCAAUGUAAAUGUACUGCUGGCCUUUUUUUUUGUUAUCCAUGUUGAACUUACUAUCCUAAUCAGUGACAGUAAGUAACCUUGUAACAGUAACCUUGUAACUAUGAAUAGUGGCUGAGGCAGUCUACAAAACAGUCUCUGUAUAAUUUGAUCCAAAUUAUGAAGUUGUAACCACUGUGUUAUAAUAUCCUUGUUUCCAAGCAAUGCCUUGUGCAUUUUUUAAAGUAACAAGUUUUAUUCCCCCCUCCAUUCUACUUUAACUUUCAGAGUAAAAUACUUUGAUGACUGAUUGAUUUUAGAGAUGGUUAAACAUUUGCUUCAGUCCCACAAUGAAAUAAACAAGAUGGACUGGCUAUUCCUAAGUAUGUUUACUACAAACAGAAGUAAAGGUACAAAGCUGGGCAGUAAUAAGGUGCUGGUUGAUCCCAUAGCACUGAAGAAGAAGCUCAGUAAGAUGUCAACAGAACUAGGUGCAUUUGCUGUCCUCAGCAGCCUUCUACUUUACCUCACAGACCUCAUAUCCAGCCACCCCGAGGUUCAGAGCAGGAAGGCCAAGUGGCUUGAAGGCAUAGAGAAGAAGGUGAACUUGAGGCGUGAAUGCCAAAGUACACACAAUGGCAUUCGCCCCACAAAAUUCCAACUUCUGCAGUCGAGGUUCAUGAAUAACAACCGUGAACAUUACAGGAAAAAGUCGAGAGAGGUUGGCAAGCUAAUCAUUAAAGAAAAGCAGAACAGAAAUGGAAUAAACUCCAUUAUAAGCAAGCUAAACAAAAGUGCCUCAAAAGAAGAAGAAAGCCCAAAAAUAACACCCCAAGAAAAUGUCAAAUGGGUUGGAUCAUGUGGAAAAAAUACUGUAAAGAAUAUUCUGAAGAAAUUCUUAGCUGCUGAGGAAAAAGAAGUCAAAGAUAAAGAAAAGCAGCUGGCACCAAAGAAGAAGGCACCAGAUGAUAACCUGCCCAAAAUAAUCAACAAAAACUCUGUUUUAUCCAAACUGAAAGAAAAGUUUGAACAAACCAGUAAUAUAUGUUCAGCCAUUGAAAUGAAAGCUUUGCUGCCAUGCAAAGGUGAGAAAAAGAGCAAAAAGGGCCCAGAGAAAAAAAUCAUUUGCAAAGCUGGAGUCAGGGUGCUCGAAACAAACCUGAUGACAGUCACAAGUAUUGAUAGCCUUCAGCCUCAACAUUUGGUAUGCACAACUGUCCCUACACCUAGAUUCUGUGUUGCUACUGAAAUUAAUCAUCUUUGGAGUUGGGCAACAAAUGCCAAGUGCUCCACUCAGCCUUCUGAACACAGUCCUGAAGUGUGGGUGACAAAAGACACCCAGAAAAAAAAUGACAUUUGGCCUGAUAAGACCAGAAGACCAGAAAGCAUGUCACAUGAGGGACAACACAAAGGACAGUUGCAAAACAAGCAACAUGAAAUGCCUAUGGUUGUGGCUGACAAAAAGGACAUUGUUGAGAGUAAUGUAAUUCCUGCAAGCCCAGGUCCUAAUCAAGAUAACGUUCCUCCUUCACAUGAAAAUGUAUCCCUUGUUGAUUGCAUUCCUUCUUCAUUUAAAGACCGCAUAGACCACAAAGGGAGCAUCAUACCACCUGCAGACAAUACUUUUUCCAGGUCCAGGGACAAAAGUGUAACAGAAAAUAUUAGCAAAGAAAAUCUAUCUAGUAACAACCCCUCUUCUAGCCCAACUGAAGGAGUUCAUGCACAUAGUCAUCAGGAAAUUAAAGGGGAUGGGAUUCCUGGCAUACCAGAGGGCAUGUGCAAGCCUAAGGAGACAGAAAUAGAAUUAACAGAGCCUAUAAAAGAUCCCCCUUUUGCCAGCCAAAAAUGUUUUCCCAAAAAGAAAGUGUUGGAAAAUAUGCCACCGUUUCGCUCUCCUGUAGCUCAGGCAUCUUGUAACACAGAGCCUCCAAUCAAUGACCAGCAAUCAAGUGUUGAACCUGCAGCUGUUCACAGAAUGCCUCAGCUAAAGCCAAGUCGGGAGAAUGCACAAGGUUUUAGGAGCACAUUUUCUGACACAAUUCAGAACAAAGAAAAGCUGCCUGAUAAAAAGGAAAUAUUUUCUAGCCUUGCCAAAAAUGACCAUGCGAGUAAAACAAAAAAAGAGGAACCACAGCCAGUGAGAACCCAAGGUGAACCAUCUGGUCAUCAGAAGGAAAGUGAACAUUUGGCCCAGAAACUACAAACCUAUCCAAAGCUAAGCCAACAAAAUAACCAGGAUAACUCCUGCUCAAACAUACCAAAGCUGGGAUUAAGUCAAGCAUACCAACCCCCUACCUCAAAUAGGAGCCAGAAAGAGAAACGUAACAAUGAAAAAGGAAAUGACAUUUGUUAUUAUUUUGAAAAACAACUCUCUCCUUUGACUAGUGAUUUAGAUAAAUCCAGCUGUAGAGUAGCUGAGAAUACUGGCAAAGCCAAAUCAUGCUCAGUUAAUGAAACAACAAAUUCUGAGAACAAUAGCGAGAAGGAAGAUAGUAGCUUGAGUCACUUGGAUACCUCUCAAAGGUUGUUGGAAGAAUUCAUCAGCCAUGAAACUGGCAAUCUGGAGGGGCAUCCUGGGCCUGCUUCUGAAAAAUCUCAUUCACCCCCAUUGAUUCACCCAGCAAAGCCAGAAGGCAAUAUUCCAGAAGUCAACAGGCCUUGGUGUGGUGUUGGAAACCUCCAAACACCCUCAUCUAAUGAAGUAAUGAAGAAUGAAAGCUGUCUCAGAGGAGAUAAAGUAGCUAGUUGGAAUUCUGAGAAACACCACUUCCCUUCUCCAACUGAAUUGCCAAAGGGUGCAGCUGGGCAAGAUGACAAAACAACAACGCACAAUUUGUGCAAUGAUUUAAUUAAGAGUGGAAAUAAUGCAGAUACCAGUCCCCAGACCAAGAAGUAUCAACCACCCUCAAUCAAGGAGCUUAAGAAGCAUGAAAUUAGUACUGUUGGAGAGGAAAGUUCCAUGCACAAUGUGGAGAAGCAACAGGUGCCCUUUGGAAAUGAAACUGGGAAGCAUGAAAGCAUGAAUGCGAUGGCAGAAGCAAAGUCUGAGAAAAGUAAAUUUCCUUCACAAAAUGAAACAGUAAAGCAGGGAAACAGUGGUGAAGGGGAAAGGAAUUUGCCAAAAGAAGCACAAUGUCUAAUUCCAUCACUUGUCAAGAGAAGGGAGCAAGAAAAGAAGACAGAAGAGAAGAAACCUGUAGUGGAAAGUAAGAAGACGCACCAAAAAUCCAUACAAAGUGACCUUACAAAGGGUGAUGGUGAUAUAACAAGAACACAGCAGUUGACUCCACCAAAGCAUAAAACUAGCGGUCCAGGAGUGUUGCAUCCCCCAGAUAACUCAAAAUGCCAAACAUCAUCAAGGGAUCUAGGAAAAGGUGGAGGUGUUGCAGCAGGAGAUGAAAACAGUGCAAAACAUAAACUAUCCUCACUCAAGGAACCAGUGAAAUGUGAUGAUAAUACAAACCUAAUAAAUGCCCAGGAUAACCUUAAGAAUGACAAAAUGCCAUCAUCUGGCGAUAACGUGAAACUCAAAAGUAAAUCUGAGAAGAUGAGAGGGAAUUCUAGUAAUUCUGGACAAAAUCAGUUACCCUUAAAAAAUGAACUUCCAAAGAGUAAAAAUACUGCAAGACAAGAGAGCACUUUGUGCAACCUUAAGAAAGAUCAAAAUCCAUCAUCAACUGAAUUGAAGAUUAAGCCAACAAAUCUUGCAGCAGGGAGGCCACAGAAACCAUCCCUAAAUGACUCUAGAAAUGAACUUCCAAAGGGUAAAAAGCCUACUGCAAGAGAUGGGAGCACUUUGUGCAACCUUAAGGAAGAUCAAAUACCAUCAUCAAAUGAAUCAAAGACUGAGCCAAGGAAUGUUGCAGCAGGGAAGCCACAGAAACCAUCCUUAAAUGACUCUAGGCAAGAACUUCCAAAGGGUAAAAAUACUACUGCAAGAGAGGAGAGUACUUCGUGCAACCUUAAUAAAGAUCAAAUACCGUCAUCAAAUGAACUGAAGUCUGAGUCAAUGAAUCUUGCAGUAGGGAAACCACAGAAAUCAUCCUUAAAUGACUCUAGAAACGAACUUCCAAAGAGUAAAAAAACUGCAGCAAGAGAGGAGAACACUGUGUGCAACCUUAAGAAAAAGCAAGUGCCAUCAUCAAAUAAACUGAAGACUGAGCCAAUGAAUCUUAAAGCAGGGAAGCCACAAAACACAUCCUUAAAUGACUCCAGAAAUGAACUUCAAAAGGGUAAAAAGACUACUGAAAGAGAGGAGAGCAUUUUGUGCAAUGCUAAGAAAGAUCAAAUACCAUCAUCAAAUGAACUGAAGACUGAGACAAUGAAUCUUCCAGCAGAGAAGCGACAGAAACCAUCCUUAAAUGAUUCUAGAAACCCUGAAGUUAUUGCUAAGGAUGAGAAACAGGCUCCAUGGAAUUCCAAGAACUACCACCUACCUUUAUCAGAUGUGAAAUUGGAGACCCAUCAAUAUAAUAUCACAGCAGGGAAACAGCAGCAGCAACCACAACCAUCAACGGAUUGUGCCAAGCUUGAGUCUAGUAUAAGAGAUGAAAAGCAUACAAGUCAUAAUUCUGAGAAGUAUCGUCUGCCCACCUCAGAUGAACUGGAAAUGCAUAAAAAGAAUGCUAGUGGAAAGAAGGGCUCCUUGAGGAACUCUGACAAAUGCAGAGGUCCACUUUGGAGUCAUGAUAGGGCAUUGCAGAAGGAUAAAGCAGUGUGUGAGACUGAUUCAGGUCCUAAAUUGUGCUUACCAAACAAGACCAGUCCUUCAGAACAAAGAAAACCUCCUGGCAAGUACCAAGUACUAUCACCAAAUGAUUUACCAAAGCAAGAAAGUGGAGAGUCUCAAAAACAUGGGGCUGGUGCAAUAAAUGAAAGCAAAGUUAGAUUAGCAGUCUUGGAAAAAUACACAGCAGAGAGCUACAGUGAAGGAUCAGUACCUUCGUCUUUUAAACCAAUGGUUGUUCGUGCGAUUGAUACAAUUACACUUGAUAACUGAAAGCAGCUUGAAGGACUGAAAUAUAGGCCUGAAUUUAUAAUCCUUCAGCCACUGUUUCACUUCAGGGCAUUAAAUGAUGACACUGAAAUCAUACUGAGAUGGCUAUCCACUGAUUAAUUUUGGAUUUUAGCUGCCAUUAAAAUAAGCAUCACCUGAAAUCUCAAUUAUAUUACAUGUUAACCCAGAGUAAUCAGGAGCCUAUGAUUCAAGUAUGGGAAAUCUUACAUGUGAUAACUAUGGGACGAAUUUGGCCAGAGGCUUUGUCUAGAUAUAUGGCAGAAUUAAGUGGUAGCAAGCCAUGUACCACUUCCCAAUAUUAAAAAUGCUUCCCUAUGUUAAAAACCUUAGAUAAUAAGCACAGGAAGCAAAGGGUUGGCUGGAACCUUUCUUUCUGAUAUGCUUAAUAUAGGGAAGCUUACCAAAGUUGUGUCUCUUAUUGGAGAUAGAAGCAACAGCGUUUGUCCUUCCUCCUCAACAUGCUGCCAUCUGGUUUUGCUGCAUGGGUAUGUGCAGCCAAAAUGAAGCAUUUUUAAAUCUCUUCCAUUAAAAUUAAAAGAAUUAAUAGUGAAAACAACAAAGAAGUCUUGUAGUACCUUAAAGAUUAAGAAAUGUAUGGAGGCAUACCUGUGAAAGUUUAUUCCAUGAUUGAUUUUCUGUUGCUCCAGGGGGCAGGAUAGAACAAAUGGGUGGAAACUGCAAGGAAGCAAAUCUUGGCUAAAUCUUAGGAAAAACUUCCUAACAAUAAGAGCUGUUCAAAAGUGGAACCAGCUGCCUUGGAAGAUGGUGGGCUGUCCUUCAAUGGAAGUAUUUAGGCAUAGACUGAAAGGCCAUAUGUCAGGAUUAAUGUAGUUCAUGAAUUGGGAACCAGUGGCCCUCCAGAUGUUGCUGAACUGCAACUCCCAUCAUCCCAGACCAUUGGCCAUACUGGCUAGGGCUGAUGGGAACUGGUGUCCAGAAACAUCUGGAGGGCCAAAGGUUAGCCAUCCCUGCUCAUAGUUGCAUCCUGCAUUGUAGAUCCUAGAUCAGGGGUUCCCAAACUGUGGUCCAUGAGCUUCAUUCAGGUGGUCUGUGGCAUGCCCAUAUUAAGUAUUUUUAUUGACUUUAAUUGCAUUUUAAUUGCUCAUUUUAUUUUUAUUGUAUUACAUUUAAAAGUUCUUAACUUUGAGCUGCAUCGUGCCCAAAGUGUGUGCCUCUGCUAAAUGGUGAGGUUAGUGUGUAAAUAAGGUGACCUUUCUGAGCAUGAACUUUAUCUAUAUUUACUCAUUGUAAUGUAAUGGUGUUACUUGUGUUCCAGGAAAGCUUUGGACACUAUAAGCUAUGCAGCCACUGAAAUUCUGCUGGUGUAUACAUUCUUCAUGUAUUUUAAUUGUUUUCAAAAAUAAGCUGUGAAAACCAAGAUACUAAUAGAGUGGAAGAAGUAAACCAAGCGUAUAAAAGUAGAAGAUACAGUACCUAUAAGAAGAUCUUAAUAAUGCUAUAAAAUAUCAUAAACCACAAGUCAUUGUUGAUUUUUGUAAUUAAAGGGUUUUAGUAUGUGACAAAUUACAUUGUAGAAUGUGUCUACUUGACUUUAUAAGUAAUUUCAGUAAUGCAAAUAAUCAGAAUAAUUGCAUAGGAUUAUAUAGGAAAAUCCUGAACAAAAUAUAUUUUAUCACAAAUGUGGUACAAAUACUGGUAAAAUACUGAUCAAUCUUUUGCAAGGGUUAUUUAGUGUCUUCCAUGUGUUGAAUACUUUCAGAUGCCUGUAUAUCUUUAUCAUUUAAUUUUUAUUACAUUACUCAUGCUGAUCAGUUAAUUCAUAAAGUUUCUGAAUGUGGUAACCACAAUAGUGCCAAAUCCUGGUAUAGCCUGGAAUUUGCAGAACAGGAACUUCAUAAAAUGAAGAAAGUCAUUACUGUUGUGAUUUGGGUGUGGGUGUGUGUGGAAUCAUCUGAACCCACUGCCAAACUAUGGGACAAAGUAUACAAGACCAUCUUCUCAGACUCCCUUCUUCCAGGUUUUUUGGCUACAAAGGGAGAGCGUCUGACUUAGGAGUAGAAAUGGGCCCACUUUUCCAGAAGCACUUCCGUAAAGUGAACAUAUCAGAAGAAUGAAAAUCCAAGGCAGGACCAGGUGUCACAUUAAGGUCAAGACUACAGCAACAGAAUUCUUGUCUACACAACGAAACUUGAUACUAACUAGUAAGCAGUCAGAGCCUCUGAACUGCCUCAAAAGAAGGUGAUAUUCACCAUUCAAAAAGGAAACACUGGCAACAUAAGUCUGAAGGUUGAAGUUUCAACAAUACAUUUUGUCAGGUUCAAGAACUGCAUUGUCAGAUAUUACAGUGUCUGUUUCACUUAGUGUAGUGAAGAUCAAGUAGAAUCUAACUUUUUGUUGUAUUUAUGUUACAGAAGAAAAAUGUUGCACUGAUAUCAGUUAAAUUUACUUCCAGAUAAUAAGUGUAAGGCUGCAGUGCUAAGCCUACCUAUAAGGAGAUAAGACCAUUAAACUCAGUGGAACUUUCACCCUUGUAAAUAUAUUGGGCACUGAAGUAUUAGGCAGAUUGCUGACUGGCAGUCUGAGAGCUGAACCUUUAAAUGAGCUGAAUAAUUUUAAACGAGUAUUAUGUAAAAGUUAACAAGUGGGACUCUGGCCUAGAACAUGCUCCCAGUCCAUAAAGGGGAACAUGCCAGUUUUCUGCUGAAAAUUGCCCCCUCCUGGUUGCUUUUUGCUCCCAAAAGUGCUGUUUACUGAAAGCAGCACCUUUGAGAUCAAAUAGAAUUGGUGUGAGAACCCAUUCAGGAACGCUAUUAGAGUGCUAUAACUGCUUUUUCUUGAAAAACAGAAAUGGCCAGGUUGAACAUGUUUGUUUUAACACGUGACUACUGUCCCUUGUAGUUUGGCCCUCGGCCUCAAGCAUUUACUACUGCUAUUAUGAUGUGAAAGAUCCUCCGUGGUGCAGAGUGGUAAGCGGCGGUAACGCAGCCGAAGCUCUGCUCACGGCCGGAGUUCGAUUCCAACGAAAGGAGGAAGUCGAAUCUCCAGUAAAAGGGGUCGAGGUCCACUCAGCCUUCCAUCCAUCCGUGGUGGGUAAAAUGAGUACCCGGCAUAUGCUGGGGGGUAAAAAAAGGCCGGGGAAGGAACUGGCAAUCCCACCCCGUCGCAAGACGUCACCCUAAGAGUCGGAAAUGACUCGCACUACAAGUGCGGGGACACCUUUACCUUUUAUUAUAAUGUGAUGUUUGUGCACCAACAUUCAUUUGCUGCCUCUUAGAGAACAGUUCUCUGGGAGUUCCUAUAAAUUUUCAACCUUGGUGUUUAUAUGAAUUAUUCAGAAUUGUUUGAGAUACCUUACAGCUGAUUCAUACUUUAUUACCUAUACUUGGAUGCCACUUAAAAUGUUUCUGGCUGUCAAUACUCUUGACAACAUAAAGUUUUUCAGCAACCUAUUCUUUGUGUGUGUGUGUGUGUGUGUGUGGCAAUGAUGUUUGAACCAUUCUUCAAGAAACCACCGUGGAAAUUUUUGAGAAACCAAUUGGAGAGAUUACCACAUGUUAUAAUUUGCCGAUUGAUAUUUAUGUUGUAAAUGGUGUAUCAAAGUAGGUACUUUUGAGGCUAUGUUUUCACACUGAAUCCUGAAGAAUAGGAAAUUCACUUUUUUCUGUUCAUAGUGGAUCUCAGCAUGGCUAAAAUGUAGAUUGGAAGAAGACCAAUUGCAUGACAGUAGUCUCAAAGCAGAUAUUAUGGUGGACAAUACAAGUUUUGUAUGAAUUAAUUAUAAAUCUGUAUUCAUGUAAUAUAUUUAACUGUAAGUCUUUUACAUUAAUUGUAUAGUUUUUAAUUAGACUAUAUGUGUCAGACGUCUUUGUAAUUUUUCUUGAAACACAAAAAGUUCUCAUUUUAUUGUAUUAUGGUGUGUGCUUGGUUUUUUAAAUUCUUGGGUUUUUUUAUUUGUAUUUUAUAUGGUGUUGUAAUUUGUAUUUGGCUUUGUCAGUUAGGGAUUUAUUGAUUUAUUCUAAAGUUUAUUUUAUAUCCCUCUAGACUAGACAACUAAGGGUUCUCGUGGGAAUCACCUUCCAUCUUUUUGGGUAAUUUUGAUGCCACAAUGUAGGAGAGAUGUGCAAUUCACCGUUUUUAAGAUCACCACAAUAAACCACUUAAGUGUAGGUUGAAUGAUGUUAUGCAAUGUUUCAGGUUUUGUUUGUCAUGAAUGGCAGGAGCAUGAGCACAAAGAGAUUUUAGUGGGGUCAAUUCACAGCAAACUUCACAAAGUCUUCCUCUUAGAAUCGUUCAUUUGUUUGCCAUAUUGUAUGGCUGACCAUCAACCGUUCUCUGGGCAGCUUGCAGAAUAUAUAUAUAACAUUUAUGUUACAAUUCAAUUAAUAUGAUAGAAAUUUCCAAUCCCAUUUAGUAAUCUUGAGGACCUCUUUUGAACCAACUGCAGUUUCUGGCCUGCCCCAUGAGCAAUGCAUUUCAAUAACCUAAUUAGGAGGUUACCACAGUCAUGGGUGACUGUGGCUAAGCUACUAUCUCUGUCCAUGUAUGGGUUGCAGCUAGUACUUCAACCCACAGAGGUUACUAAAACCUCUAAUGAUGAUAAUGCUGAGUCAAUAAGUAUCCUAGACUGCAAACCCGAUCCUGCUCCUUUGUUUAGGAGGAGUACAACCAUAUUCAGAACAGGCCAAACAUUCACCUGGGUGGGUAAACCACCCACCAACAGUACCUCUGUCUUGAGUCUCAGUUUAUUCGCUCUCAUACAUUAGUAUGUCCAAGAACUGAUUCAGGACAUCUACCACCUCACCUGCAUCUUAUGGAAAAGAUAGAUGAUAGAUGAUAGAUGAUAGAUAGCAAAAGGUACAUUUUAAAAGCAACUUGUGAUGCCUUGUAAAAAUCAAAGAUUUAGGUGCUUCUGAAGGCCAAUUGCAUAUGGUUUGAAACAAAUGGCUCUGAAAGGCACCUCUGAGCAACUUUGCAUGUUUCAAAGAAGCAGGGAACAAGGGAGGUGAAUGACUUCUGCUUCCUUUUAUGUAUAUGGCAGACAGUCAUGAAUCAUCCCUGAGCGGAGAUUGAUGCCAUCCAGGGGUGAUAUCUAGCAUUAGCACCUCUCUCACCAGGGAAAAAUCAGCUAUGUUUCCAUUCGUGUAUAGCACAGGAGGUGGGGGGGGGAAGAAGAGAGAGCAGAAUUCUCUUCUGCUCCACUCAUUCAUAAUAUAAUUACAAGCCCACUUUCAGAUUCUCCACUGUGCCUUCACAGGCAGAUAUCUCAAGCAGAGGAAUCGAGCAAAUGCCACAAGAAAGAAGGAAAUAUUUUUUAUAUAUAAAAAACUGUAUCCUGCUUUUGAGACCUCAGCACUGGCCCCACCAAAGCAGCUUACAAAACAUAAAUUAAAAACAAUGUAAAGUUAAAUAACAUGGCACAGAGAAACUAAGGGCUCAUCUACACAGGGUUUUACUGUGUGUCUGAUGCUACUUGCAUCAGACAAACAUAAAACAAAUAAAUGCACCAGUAUAAAAAUCCAGCAUAAAACAAAAAGUAAGCAAACCAUCAAUUAAAAGCAAUAUUGUGACUAAGAGAUUGUCUGUACCAACAAUUAGGAAAUAUGAAAUGAACACACCGCUACAACAUGUAACACAGAUAGAAAUAAAGAUUUCAGUAUUAUCACUUCAGUCAAUCAUCUAAAGAGAGUAGAGAAGUGUUUUUAGUACAUUGGUUCUCAAAUACCAGAUCAGGGAGAAGGGAAACACAGCCUUCUCUGUUAAAGGCUGGAACUUGAUGGAUACAUGAGUGCUGGCAUCUCGUUUAAAAAAUAAUAAAAUAUAGUCUCUCUAUGUGUAUGUAUGUAUGUACAUGUGUACAUUUCCUAAGCAGGAAAUGAAGUAGGGUGGUCUUCAGUGGGGAGAUACCUGCCAGUCAUUUUGAAGAAGGAUAUGUAUCAAAAAAUACUUUUUAGCCUUUUGUGAAUUGCUGAAUAGAGGCUCUGCCAGGCAACAGGUGAGUGAGACUGAGUUCCAAUGCAACUUUACUUGGAAGUAAGCAUCAUUUAACAGCAGGGUUGCCAGGUUAAUUGCCUGAGACUGAUCCUG